UUCCCUGAAUAGGAAUAAGCGGGAACGACUGGCCCACCUCUUGCAUCACUGGUCGUCAGAAACCGCAUUGCGAUGCCACAUAUAUUCGACACUUUUCUUCUCCGCUGCGGUACAGUCACCAAUUCACACUCAACUACAGCUCACAGAUCGCAAUUCUGAUCGACUUUGCUCAAUCAACUCAUCCAAAAAGAACCUCACACGACCAACACACAUCAUGUCUGGCACAUCAGAGACCGCACACCUGACCAAGGAGGACAUCAAGAAGGAGCAGGCUCGCGAGUCUAAAGCUCAUGGAGGCAAUGUUCCAGCCGAUUCUCUUACUGCCGGCCUCCAGUCUGUAGUCGACUCCGCAGAUAAGAACAAGAGCGAGGUCAUUUCUGAACGUCAAGCAAACCUUCCUCUGCCCGAUCAGCCCCCUGUCGCCUCCGACUUCAACAGCUCCGACCAGUCAACCGUCAACGUUGGCUCUGGCGGCCUCUCUGGCGGAGGUUUCUCCCAAGGCAACGACGCACUGCGCGAGCCAGCUACUGGUGGUAGCGCUGUUCGGGAAGAUGGCGAUGUCACUGGCAGGAACACUUUGGGACAAGGUGUCGGACGUCAGGCUGCGGAUGGACUUGGAGGACUUCCAGCAGAUGCGGUGGCUCAAGGCUCAAAGAACAAGGCUGGUCUUGCCGACACAACCGGGAAGGACUACGGCUACCCACACAAGAGCGACCCAGCAAACACCAACUAAGCGGGUCGCUUUUGUUCGUCUGCUUCAGGUGGUCUUCCAUGCUUAUGCUACGAUGUCAUGAGUGUUACGAUUGAGAAUUAGAGGUUUCUGGUCGGCGUCAGUCGCGCUGGUCAGGACUUUGUUACAAUAGCGUUGAGAUACUUACUUGCCGCUGAGGCAGAAGAGCCAUGUCUCUUGUUGGAGCCUUUCACAAAUGUCAGAAAACUGUAUCAUAACCGAUAUCAAGGACCAGUUCUUGGAGAUCCGAAAAUAGUAUUGUUCACAG